UUCAUUCUCAUUCCCUCCCUUUAUGCUUUAUCUAAUCUAAAAGCUAAAGCCUCUUCCCAAACGCCAUUACUCAGAGGAGAGAGAAAGUUACACAGGUGAAAAAGAAAAAACAGUGAGAGAGAGAGAGAAUAGUGUGUAUUGUGUAACCGUCUCGCAUGGCCUCCAUUCCGUUGGGGCCGCACCACCACCAACAACCGCCGGAGCAGCUGCAGUCGCAACCUGACAACAACGCGCCGAAGCUUCCAGCUCGGCGCGGCUCCGACGUGGAUGCCGAUAAGGAAAUGUCAGCCACAGUAAUUGAAGGGAAUGGUGAAGUUACUGGCCACAUAAUCUCAACCACAAUUGGUGGCAAAAAUGGUGAACCUAAACAGACCAUCAGUUACAUGGCUGAGCGUGUUGUUGGCACUGGAUCAUUUGGAGUUGUUUUCCAGGCAAAAUGCUUGGAGACUGGGGAGGCGGUGGCUAUAAAGAAAGUUUUGCAGGACAGGCGGUACAAAAAUCGUGAAUUGCAAUUGAUGCGCUUGAUGGAUCAUCCUAAUGUAAUUUCCCUGAAGCACUGUUUCUUCUCUACAACAAGCAAAGAUGAACUUUUCCUGAACUUGGUAAUGGAAUAUGUCCCUGAGACAAUGUACCGGGUUCUAAAGCACUACAGCAGUAUGAACCAGAGAAUGCCCUUAAUUUAUGUGAAAUUAUAUACGUAUCAAAUCUUCAGGGGACUAGCAUAUAUCCAUACCGUACCUCGAGUUUGCCAUAGGGAUGUGAAGCCCCAAAAUCUUUUGGUUGAUCCUCUUACUCAUCAAGUUAAGCUUUGUGAUUUUGGGAGUGCAAAAGUUCUGGUCAAGGGUGAAUCCAAUAUUUCGUACAUAUGUUCACGUUACUAUCGGGCCCCAGAACUAAUAUUUGGUGCAACAGAAUACACAACUUCUAUUGACAUCUGGUCAGCUGGUUGUGUCCUUGCUGAACUUCUUCUAGGCCAGCCAUUAUUUCCGGGAGAAAAUCAAGUGGACCAACUUGUGGAAAUUAUCAAGGUUCUUGGUACUCCAACCCGAGAAGAAAUUCGUUGCAUGAACUCUAAUUAUACAGAUUUUAGGUUCCCCCAGAUUAAAGCUCAUCCUUGGCAUAAGAUUUUUCACAAGCGAAUGCCUCCUGAAGCAAUUGACCUUGCAUCAAGGCUUCUCCAAUAUUCACCAAGUCUUCGUUGUUCCGCCUUGGAAGCUUGUGCACAUCCAUUCUUUGAUGAGCUUCGUGAGCCAAAUGCUCGACUACCUAAUGGCCGUCCACUGCCACCACUUUUCAACUUUAAACAGGAAUUAGCCGGAGCGUCCCCCGAGUUGAUCAACAGACUCAUCCCAGAGCAUGUAAGGAGGCAAGGUGGCCUUGGCCUCCCCCAUCCAAGUAGCACACAAAUCUAGAGAAUGAAAUUAAGGAGUCCAUGGCAAUAGGUUUAUUUAAGAUGAUAGCUGGCCUAUCUGUGUAGUCAAAUAUAAAAUGGGGAUCAGGUGUAUGUAGCUUUAAUCCCGUGAAGAUAUGUAUACAUGUACUCACUGCAUAGUGUAGCAUGGAAAUGGUUCAAUAUGUCUAAAAUUUCAUUUUUACUUUAAGCAUACUUUUAUUUAGGUUGCUAACCACACCAUCCGGUAUCUAGCCGAAGUAUUAAUACUGUUAGAUAUAUAAUUAUUUAUGUGUCA